AUGGGGAAAGCGUCUAAUUCUUAUUAUUAUUGCUGCAGAAGAGGUGUGCCAUUUCUUCACUCUACUCCACUUGUUGUUGUUGCUGUUGCUUUGUUUCAUUCUCAAUCAAAGGCAACCAAAUCUAGAGCAACCCAGCUUGUGAGAGAUCCUUAUCCACCCUCAACCAAUUUCAUGGCUUUGUUUCAUUCGAGACGAACCCAUCUAGGAAAUCGACCCAAUAUUGUUGUGAGUAAUGUUGAGGAUGCCUUGAAGGUGUUCGAUGAAAUGCUUCACUCCCGUCCUCUGCCUUCUUCUUCUUCUGUUAUCCCUUUGAAUCAAAUCUUGACUCAACUUGUCAAACUCAAACACUAUUCUGCCGUCAUCACUUUGAAUAGACGAAUGCUUCUCUGUGGAGUUGUUCCUAAUCACUAUACUCUGUCUAUUAUCAUCAACUGCUAUUGCCAUUUGAAUCAAAUGGGGUUUGCCUUAUCUGUCUUAGGACAAUUCUUCAAAUUGGGUCUUCAACCGAAUGUUAUUACCUUCACCACUCUAAUUAACGGCUUUGUUCUCCACAAUCAAGUGCCUGAGGCUGCUCGAAUUUUCACCAAAAUGCUGCAGGGAGACCAUUCUAAGCCCAAUGUGUUUACUUUCACUACACUAAUAAAGGGGUUUUGCAUGAGAGGAAACAACAAUGCGGCCAUGCAAUUACUUAGGAAGAUGGAAGAAAACGGUUGUGAGCCUAACAUAGUUUCCUAUAGCACCAUCAUUAACAGUCUUUGCAAGGAUACACUAGUUGUAGAUGCAAUGAACCUCUUCUCAGAAAUGAUUAUUAGAGGUAUUACUCCAGACGUUGUUACUUACACCUCUUUGAUUCAUGGAGUUUGCAGUAUAGGCCAUUGGAAAGAAGCUACGAGGUUGUUGAAUGAAAUGGUGAGUAAAGCUAUCUUUCCAGAUGUAGUCACCUUCAAUGUUUUGGUUGAUACACUUUGUAAGGAAGGGAUGGUUUUGGAAGCAAAAAGUGUGGUUGACAUGAUGAUUCAAAGACAUAUCGAGCCUAAUACAAUUACAUACAACUCACUUAUGGACGGUUACUGUUUGCGAGGAGACAUGGAGGGCGCAAGACAAGUUUUUGAUCUUAUGGUUAGCAAGGGCUCCAUGGUUGAUGUUCGGAGUUGUAGCAUAUUGAUAAAUGGAUAUUGCGAGGGGAGAAUUCAAGAAGCAGAAAAGUUGUUCUCUGAGAUGCAAGGUUAUGGCCUGCUUCCAGAUGUUGAAACUUAUGCUGUGGUACUUGAUGGCCUAUGUAAUAACCAGCAACUUUCUGCAGCUGUAGAACUGCUUAGAGAGCUGGAAGCCCGAAAACUGGAACUCGAUGUUGUCAUUUACAGUAUUAUUAUUGAAGGUUUCUGCAAAGCUGGAGAAAUUCAAUCUGCGAAAGAUCUCUUCUGUGGUGUAUCAUCAAAAGGACUCCAACCUGAUGUGCGGACAUACAAUAUAAUGAUUGGUGAACUUUGUCAUCAUGGCUUAAUAAUUGAAGCAGAAAAGUUGCUCAGCGAAAUGGGAGGGAAAGGAUGCUCUCCAAAUGGUUGCACCUAUAACACCAUUAUCUGA